GCGUUUAUACUUGCAUCGAGCGGAUAGCUUCUUGGCCAAUCGCUGGCCACCAAAUCAUUUCCACUGCCACCGGUACAACUGUGUGUGUGUGCGUGUGCAUAUAAAGAUCCUAAAGUAGCGGCUUUUUCCAAAGGUUCGCUUUUUGUUUAUGGUGGGUGCAAUAGCAAUAUUCCGCCACACGGGGACAGAGACAUCACACAGCGCAUAAAGUUCAGUGCAACACAGCCUCUGCUGCGAGUUAAUCACAGUCCGACCGGUGCUUCGGUGGGUACUACUAUACCGACAGGGGCAGAUAGCGGACCCGUUCGACAUUGCUCUGGAGUAACGACGCUACGUGGCCAACACAAAACAACACCCAUCACACCCCAUCCAUCCAUUUGUGUGAAGGAUGAUUCGGCGGACAGUAGGGGCCUGGUUGGCGAUUUGCUUCGCCAUCGUGGGCAGCACCCAGGCACUGUACUCCUCAUCCGAUGAUGUCGUGGCACUGACGACCGCCAACUUUGACCGGACCGUGGUGAAAAGCGACGAAGUGUGGGUGGUCGAGUUUUACGCUCCAUUCUGUGGCCACUGCCGCAAUCUGGUGCCGGAAUACAAGAAGGCGGCCACCGCGCUGAAGGGCGUGAUCAAGGUCGGUGGCAUCAACUGUGAGGAGGAGCAGGGUCUCUGCGGACAGCACGGCGUCCGUGGCUAUCCCACCAUCAAGAUCUUCGGUGCAAACAAGCGAUCCCCCGUCGAUUACAAUGGGCAGCGCACGGCCAAGGACAUCGCGGAAGCAGCACUGGCCGAGGCAAAGAAAAAGAUCAAGAACGUUCUCGGUGGUGGUGGUGGAAAUGAGGGCGGCAGCAGUGGAUCCAAGGAUGACGUUAUCGAGCUCACCGACGCGAACUUCGAUAAGCUGGUGCUGCAGAGCGAGGAACCGUGGCUGGUGGAAUUCUUUGCACCGUGGUGCGGUCACUGCAAAAACUUGGCACCGCACUGGGCCAAGGCCGCCACCGAGCUGAAGGGCAAGGUGAAGCUGGGCGCACUGGACGCUACCGUCCACCAGCAAAAGAUGUCCGAGUACGGCGUGCAAGGUUUCCCGACGAUCAAAUACUUCCCGGCCGGUACGAAGGAUCGCAACGGGGCCGAAGAUUACAACGGUGGUCGCACCUCGUCCGACAUCGUGAACUGGGCGAUGGACAAGUACACGGAGGACAUCCCGAGCCCGGAAAUUGUGCAGCUCACGUCGGAGCAGGUCGCGCGGGAUACGUGCGAAAAGAAGCCACUGUGCGUCGUUUCCGUGCUGCCCCACAUUCUCGACUGUAAUGCCGAAUGCCGGAACCGGUACCUGGAGAUCCUGCAGACGAUGGGCGACAAGUACAAGAAGAAGCAGUGGGGCUGGCUGUGGACGGAGGGUGGCGCACAGCUCGAGCUAGAAUCGACGCUCGACAUCGGCGGUUUCGGGUAUCCGGCCAUGGCAGUGGUAAAUCUGAAGAAGAUGAAGUACUCGCUGCUGCGCGGCUCCUUCUCGAAGGAUGGCAUAAACGAAUUUUUGCGGGAUCUUUCGUUCGGCCGUGGUCAUACGGCACCGGUGAAGGGGGCCGAGCUGCCAAAGAUUUACACCGUGGAACCGUGGGACGGUAAGGACGGACAGUUGCCCGAGGAGGAAGAUAUCGACCUGUCCGAUGUGGAUUUGGACGAGAAGGAUGAGUUGUAAGAUGAUAGGGUGUUUCAAAGGACUGCCAGAGCAAACGGGUGGGGGGGAGGAUUGUGUCCUCCCCUCCCUCCCGGAUCUCGCGAUAUCUUCCCAUGGAAGCGCUUCGUGUGCUUUAGUUCGUAAGACUAUAGAAGAAAGCCGGUGGAGUUGUCAAUACACACACACACAACGUAACAGUCAUUUGCAUUUAAAGCACACCUCCACACGAUGAAUAAUUUCCAACACACUCCCAGGAAUCGGAUCCUUUUUCCGGAAAAAAGGUGUAUAAUUUUCACUGUGUACAGUGCCGCGGCAAGAACGGUUAAGUAAAAUCGCUAAUAAAGAACUGAUAGGAAAAUACG